CACAAUUUAAUUACAAAUAUAAGCAUGGUUGCCGGGUCAGUCACUCAGUCUGUUUUUUUUUUUUUUAUUCUUUUUAAUUAGUUAAUUUGGAAAUUAUUUUUUAAUUAAUUAAAGUGGGAUGAAGCAAGAUGCAAAUAUUGGACUUUGUCCUCCUAGUCCUGACAACAUGUGUGUGUAUGAGAAAGAUCAUCAAAUGUGCAAAAGGGAGAGAUAGAUAAUUAGAUAGAGCUGAGUUCACAAAACCACAAAAUAAAAAAGUAUUGAUUUUUACAAAAUUAUUACAGAUUCAAUAAAUCCCCAAACCCUCAAGCUCUCCCUCUCUCCUUCUCCGCCAUCGACGACCCUUCUCCGACGCCCAUUUCUUGCCGUCGACGGCGCAGGCGGACCACAGAUCAAGUUGAUGGCAAGAAGAACAAAGUUUUUGGGCUGAACCUUUGUUAUUUAGCAAACUGAUUCUUGAUCACAAGACCAUUGUUGGAUACUUUUCCAAGGCCUAGGCAAGUUGAAAAGAUGAGUAUCACUAGUACUGGAAAAUUCAAAACGUCAAGCUCCGAAUUGGACUUGGAUCGACCCAAUAUUGAAGACUAUCUCCCAUCUGGAACCUCCAUUCAGCCAGAACCUAUUGGCAAGCUUUGCCUUCGUGAUUUGCUUGAUAUUUCACCAACUCUAACUGAGGCUGCUGGUGCUAUUGUGGAUGACUCAUUUACACGAUGCUUCAAGUCGAAUCCUCCGGAGCCUUGGAACUGGAAUAUAUAUUUGUUUCCACUAUGGUGUUUUGGAGUAGUUGUUCGUUAUUUCAUUCUCUUUCCUGUGAGGGUUAUAGUGUUGACGAUAGGGUGGAUAAUAUUCCUGUCUUCAUACAUUCCAGUGCACAUUCUAUUGAAGGGCCAUGAUAAGUUAAGGAAAAAGAUAGAGAGGUUUUUGGUGGAGUUGAUUUGUACCUUCUUUGUUGCAUCCUGGACUGGGGUGGUCAAAUAUCACGGACCACGACCUAGCAUGCGGCCCAAUCAGGUUUUUGUGGCCAAUCAUACUUCCAUGAUUGAUUUCAUUAUCUUAGAACAGAUGACUGCAUUUGCAGUCAUUAUGCAGAAGCAUGCUGGAUGGGUUGGACUAUUGCAAAGCACUAUUUUGGAGAGUGUGGGCUGUAUUUGGUUCAAUCGUACAGAGUCAAAGGACCGUGAAAUUGUAGCAAAGAAAUUAAGGGAUCAUGUGCAGGCUGCUGAUAACCCUCUCCUUAUAUUUCCCGAAGGAACGUGUGUAAAUAACCACUAUACUGUGAUGUUCAAGAAGGGUGCGUUUGAACUCGGAUGUUCAGUUUGCCCAGUUGCAAUCAAGUACAAUAAAAUCUUCGUUGAUGCUUUUUGGAAUAGCAGAAAGCAGUCCUUCACAAAGCAUCUGCUGCAGCUUAUGACGUCGUGGGCUGUAGUUUGUGAUGUGUGGUACUUGGAGCCCCAAAAUCUUAGACCAGGGGAAACUCCCAUUGAGUUUGCUGAGAGGGUGAGAGACAUAAUAUCUGCUCGGGCAGGUCUCAAGAAGGUUCCAUGGGAUGGAUAUCUGAAGCACUCUCGCCCUAGUCCAAAGCACAGAGAGCGAAAGCAACAAAGCUUUGCAGAGAUGGUGCUACGACGCUUGGAGGAAAGGUGAAGUGAAAAUAUGUAGGUUUCGUCGUCUAGUCGUGUGUUUUUGUACCAAGUAAAUACUUCUUUCAAUUCUCAUUUUGGUGGAUUUGGGCAUGAAGCUGAAGAAUCUUUGAGAAUACUGUUGUCAGCUUUGUUUGUGUAUGCUCUAGAUUUUUGUAGGAACUUGGCAUAAAGCAAAUAGACUGUUCUCAAUGAAUUAAUUUUUAAUUUUGGCUAACUAAUAAUGGAAUGGUAAUGGUAUGGA